UUUACGUCGUUGGUGUUCCGGCAGACGCGUCUCGUCUUCCCUUUCUAGCCCUGUCUCGUCUUCCUCUCCGUUGCUCGACGCGUUAAUGGAGGAAUUUGUGGGGACUGGGAAUUCAGCGACGCAGUAGAAACUGGCAUUCCGUUGCCUUCCAACCGAGCAGAUAGGCCUAUAGGCGAAAGCUCCCUUCUGUUCGUCCUCGGACAGGCGAUCCACAUCUUCAGCGCGAACCAACUGACGGCCUUCUGCUGCACGGCGACUAGAGCUGCUGUGCGAGCAACCUGUUCGACGGAAUGGCUGAACGGGCCAAGCCCGGUAAAAUCAAGAAAGUGGCCGUUGCUGGCGGCAAGGACUGCUUCGAGGACCUCCCUGAACAUGUGCUCGAGCUGCUGCUGUCGUUCCUGCCCUCGCGGGACGCCGUGAGGACGUCCGUGCUCGCUCGCCGCUGGCGCGCCCUCUGGAAGUCGGUGCCAGCACUGCGCUUCUAUCCUUUUCAGUUCGAGAGCGCCAAGGCCUUCAACAAUUUUGUUUAUAAGCUGCUUGAGCACCGUGACCGGACCUCACCUCUCCUUCAAUGUGAUAUCAUUCCCUAUCAAAAAGGCAAACAAGCCGAGGCACACCGUGACGUUGAAUCGUGGGUACGGUAUGCUGUCUCGUGCCAAGUGUCGGUGCUUCGAAUUCUAAACUGGGGUUUUCAUCAUUCUUCUUUGGAUCUAUCCAGCAGCAGUGUCAUCUCCAAGCACUUGACAGUGCUAGAGCUUUAUAAUCUGGUAUUUGACAAAAGCCCUCUAGAUCUUCUCAGCUGUCACGCACUAGAGCUGCUAGAGAUAGGUGAUUGUUCUAUCAACCUUUUGGGUAUCUUUCCCAAAUCUUUACGGCAUCUGAAAAUCAGAGAUUCGUAUCUUUAUUCCAUGCAAACACCAUGGAGUUGCCUUUCUGCUCCAGGUCUUCUUACCUUUGAACUAGCUGACCCUCAUGACUGGGCCCCGUUCCUUGAGAGCCUCCCGUCACUGGUAACAUCAUUUAUCAGGAUUGGCGAAGAUUGUGCAGAUAAUUACGCUUGUUAUAAUUACCUUAGGGAUAGUGGUAACGAGUCAUGUGAAGAUGAUUGUUGUGUACUUCUUCAAGGAUUGGCGGGUGCUACAAAUUUAGAGCUGAUAAGUGAAUGUUCUAUGAUUUUCAGAAAGGACUUGAAAUGGUGCCCUGUGUUUAGCAAGCUAAAAACAGUGUUGCUCAAUGAAUGGUGUUUGACUGCAAACUUCACUGGACUACUUUACUUUCUUCAGCACACACCAAUUCUAGAAAAGUUCACCCUUCAACUUCCAGCUCGCAAGGAUUUUGACAUUGGAUCAAGUGGAAGCUACAACCCAGCGGAAUAUUUCUUGGUGUCAAAGCAUCUCAAGGUAGUUGAAAUCCAUUGUAGCAAGGAGGAUGAAUGGAUUUGUCAAAUUGUGGACAUCCUUGGCAUUCAUGGAGUAACUUCUGCGCAAAUUAGCAUCGAACAUGAUUCCUGGAGUUCUUUCAGGUUCAGUUUCCAGCAGCCGAAGUAGAUGUCCCUGAAUUAAUCUUGGCAGCAUGAGGUUGCUGUGUUUUGUCUACCUGGAUUGUGCGCUUGUCCCUGUUCCAUUCAUAUGAAGGACAGACUCCCGUUGAGAUGCGAUUUGAAUAGAUUCAAAUGUCGAUGUAGUGAUAUUGCCAUGUCGCCCGGUGUCAGGCCUCAACUGAUUUACCUAUUGAAGGGCUAUGAUCUAUGUAUAUGUUUCAGCAGCCUGUAUUUUCUUGCUUAACUGGUGUAAAAUGGUACCAGUUCUAUGUCUCAACAACGUGUAUAUCUAGCUUAACUUGUGUAAAAUGGUGCAUGUUCUGUUGUAUCAAGUAAACUUUCAUGA